AUGAUGGUCGACCCCGAGGAACAUAUCGUCGAGCCAACCGAGAACGGCGCCGAGAAGGAUAAUCUCACCAUCAUCAACCCAGAUAAUCUCGAAACAGAGGCAGAACAGCUGCAGGAUCUGAUGAGGGCAGACGACUAUGAUGCCAUGAAAGAGAUUGUUCUGCCGGUCCUGGCCGAGGAGCCCAAGAUCCUGUCCGACACCGUCUUCACAUGGGAGAUUGAGAACUGGCGCGCGCAGAAUAAGAAAGAGCACGGCCCUAUCUUUCAGGCUGCUGGUUUCCCUUGGCGGAUAUUGCUCUUCCCCUUUGGUAACAACGUUGACCAAUGCUCGAUAUACCUGGAACAUGGCUUCGAAGCGAACGAGAUCCCCGAGGACUGGAGCUGCUGCGUGCAGUUUGCUCUGGUACUUUGGAACCCGAACGAGCCCACAAUCUUCGCCCAUCACAGCGCUCACCACAGAUUCACCAAGGAGGAGAGUGAUUGGGGCUUCACAAAAUUCCUCGAGAACCGGCGGAUGUAUGCUGCGUGGGAUGCUUCGAACCGACCGAUGAUCGAAAAUGAUUUUGCCAAUAUCACUGUGUACGUCCGGCACGUGGAAGACGAGACCGGCGUGCUAUGGCAUAAUUUCAACAAUUACGAUUCAAAAAAAGAAACAGGUUUUGUCGGGCUCAAGAAUCAGGGCGCCACCUGCUACUUGAACUCGCUCCUCCAAUCUCUUUAUUUCACGAAUGCGUUCCGGAAGGCUGUGUAUGAGAUCCCGACCGAGGAGGAAGAGAGCAUGAACAACAGCGCCUACACACUUCAGCGGUUGUUCUACCAACUGCAGACCUCGAAUUCGGCAGUAGGCACGAAUGAGCUGACCAAGUCCUUUGGCUGGGAGACGAGACAUAUUUUUGAGCAGCAGGACGUACAGGAGCUGUCGCGCAAGCUGAUGGAGCGCAUGGAAGAAAAGAUGAAGGGCACCAAGGCCCAGAACGUCUUGCCGCAGAUGUUCAGCGGCAAGAUCAAGACGUACAUAUCGUGCAUCAACGUCGACUACGAAUCCAGUCGAGUAGAAGACUUCUGGGACGUCCAGCUCAACGUCUCUGGAAACAAGAACCUGCAGGAGAGCUUUCAAGACUACAUCCAGGUCGAGAAGAUGGAGGGCGAGAACCAGUACAUGGCAGGCGACCAGUUCAAGCUGCAGGACGCUAACAAGGGUGUCAUAUUCAUGAGCUUUCCUGAUGUCCUGCACUUGCAGCUCAAGCGCUUCGAGUAUGACUACAUGAGGGACACCAUGACGAAGAUCAAUGACCGGUAUGAGUUCCCCGAGACCUUCGACGCGUCGCCGUUUCUGUCGGAGGACGCCGACAAGUCUCAGCCAUGGACAUACCAGCUGCAUGGUGUGCUAGUGCAUAGUGGUGACCUCAAUGCAGGUCACUACUAUGCAUUUUUGAAGCCAAACAAGGAGGGAUGGUUCUACAAGUACGAUGACGACAAGGUGACCAAGGCGACAAGUCGCGAAGUGCUAGAAGACAACUUUGGCGGCGAGUACCGGCAACCGCAGAACAAUGUCCGGAACCCUCUGCAGAGGAAAGCGCCUAUUAUGCGCCCUAACAGCGCCUACAUGUUGGUGUACAUCCGGCAGUCCAGGUUGGACAAUAUCCUCUGCCCUGUCACCCAGGAGGAUAUCCCCAAGCAUCUGCGUCUCAGGUUCGAAGAGGAGGCAGCCAUCCGCGAAGCUAGAAGGAAAGAGCGUGAGGAGCAGCACCUCUACAUGACUGUCAGGGCCAUCGUGCCGUCUAGUUUCGCAGAGCAUGGCGGAACGGAUCUCGGAAACUUUGAGGCGAACCCCGAGCUGGAUCUGUCUGCGCCCAGGUACUAUCGGACGUUGCGUUCUUCCACCGUGCAGGACCUUGUCAACCGCAUCGCCGAGGACAUUGAAGAGGAUCCGAAGAAAGUGCGCCUCUGGCUGAUGGUGAAUCGACAGAACAAGACCGUCCGCCCCGACACCCCCAUGAUGGACACGCGCCUGACGGUGGAAGAGAGCUACAACAAGUCCCAAAGCCACCACAACAACAUGCUUCGUGUUUGGGUCGAAGUUGCGGAGGAGGUCAGUGCCGAGGGCGAGGCUGUUUGGCCAACGUACCAGGGCCAGAGCAACGGCAUGGUGGUGAAGAAUGACCUGAUCUUGCUCUUCUUGAAACACUUCGAUGCCGAGAACCAGUCUCUCCACGGUAUAGGACACGUCUACAUCAACAAGGAAAAGAAGGUCGAGGAACUUGUCCCCUUGAUUUGUAAGAAGAUGGGCUGGGGCGAGAAGCUGCCUGGAGAUGAUAAGGUCAUGCUCUGGGAAGAGAUCAAGCCCACCAUGAUCGAGAGCCUCAGGGCGAAACAGACGCUCAAGACUGCUGAGCUCCAGGACGGCGACAUUGUCUGCUUUCAGAGGACGACUGAGAAGAAAUCGGGUCUUGAGAAGAGGCUCGGACUGGGCGACAAGGCAUCCGAGGAACUUGCCAAGAAGGCAGACCGUUGCGAGGACGCACGAGAGUACUACGAUUUCCUCCAGUACAAGAGGACGGUCAAGUUCCAUGCGCACCCAACACGAGCUGAUCCCAACAAGUACCCUCCAUUUGAGCUUGUUCUUAGUGCGAAGAUCACAUACGACCAGCUGGCCGAGAAGGUUGGUGCCGCGCUGGAGGCGGACCCAACACACCUGCGCUUCUAUACAGUGAAUGCCGCCACUGCUGCCCCCAGAGUUGCCAUAAAGCGGCUGUCCACCAAUCAAACCCUGCAGAGCAUCCUGACCCCGUCCGGGUACUCGACGCUCAACCAGGGCCACAGGAACGACGCAUUGUACUUUGAGGUACUAGACAUGAGUCUGGCUGAGCUUGAUACCAAGAAGAACAUUAAGAUCACCUGGCUAAGCGAAGGCAUCACCAAGGAGGAACCCCUCGAUAUACUGGUGGCCAAGAACGGAAUCAUUGAGGACGUCAUCAGUGGCGUCGUCAAGAAGGCCCAGAUUCCCGACGAGGCCGAAGCGGGUAAGAUCAGGGUGUUCGAGGUGAACAAUCAUAAAAUCUUCCGAGAGAUGUCCCGCGAGUAUCCCGUUAUUAGUAUUAACGAGUACACCGGGCUCGUCGCCGAGCGGAUGUUGGAGGAGGAAGCGGACGCGACAGAUAAGGACUUUAUCAAUUGCUUCCACUUUCAAAAUGAGCCCAAUCGUGCGCAUGGCAUGCCAUUCAGGUUCUUACUUGUCAAGGACGAGAAAUUCAGCGAUACCAAGAAGCGCCUGGAGAAGCGGACAGGUCUGAAGGGCAAGAGCUUUGAGAAGAUCAAGUUCGCACUGGUCCGACGUCCGUACUCGAAGGUGCACUACCUUCAAGAUGAUGAUGUUCUGACUGAGCUGGCUACUGAAGACGACGAUAAUCUCGGAUUGGACCAUGUUGACCGUACACGGUCAGCACGCAAUGGUACUGGAGAUCUGUUUCUUAAGUAG